UGUUGUCAUACACCACAUGAUUUACAAGAAGCCUGGGUUAGUUAUGAGAGGGUUUUUUAUAAAUCACAUGAUUAAUCACGUGCAGUUUAUGAUGGAAUGACUUAAAUAAAAACCCUACAAUCCAGAAAAUUACUGCAAGUGAAAGUGGGAGGUCGCUGUAUAAGAGAGGCACUUACCAGCUGAGCAGCUUCACUUUGUCCUCUGCAGCAGAAGCAGCCGUGGCUCUAAAGCAAAGAUUAAAUCAUGGAACAAACAUUUCCAGUUUCCGCAGGUGGCCACAUUUCAUCUGGACAAUCAACCCAGCAGCAGCUGAAUCAACAGAACGUUCCAUCUGAACUUGUGGCUGCUGCCAACACUUUGAAGAAGUACUAUGAUCAGCGCCACACAGACCCUAAUAUCCAGAGCUUCUUUGAGGAUUUGUUUGCAAGAGCUCUGGGCCUUAACGCAGAUACAGCUUCAUCGUCAAGAAGUCAGAAGAAGUUCAGCCGUGGAGUUAAGGUCCACACAGUCACUACAGGGGAAACGUUUGGGGCUGAUCAAGUUCUGCUGAGACGAGUGAACUGUGAGGAGUUACUGCUGGAGAGAACAGACCGGCAGAGAUGUGACGUCAUCAUUCUUUUCUGUCCAAUCAUCAGUCGUGUUGGUUCAGAUGUGGAUGCAGCCAUGAGUGGGAUGUCAGGUGGUAAACCAGUCAUUCUGGUUCUGAUGCACCACACACGCAAAGUGAACUACUCAACACCUGAGAAGAACUGGUCUGAAACCUUUGAGAACGUUGUCCUGGAUGUUGACGUUCUCUACCACGAGACUGUGAGAGGAUUAUUGGAAUGUCCAAAAAACCAGGAGACUGUCAAUCAAAUACAAAGACAGUUACUGAAAUACAGUGGUACUGUCUAUAGGUCUGAGAAGUCCAGUAUCCAGUCCACGAAAUCCUCUUCGUGUUGCAUUACUUAAUAACACACUUGUGAUUGUGACAGUAGCAGCAUUGCUGUUCGAGUAUUUGUUCAGCUGAGCAGCAACAAUAACAAAAUAUACAGUCUAAAUGAUAAAUGAUCAUUAUGUUCUUUAUUAGUGUUUCGUUUCAUCUUUGUAAUUUGUUUACAUUUUCUGACAAAUGUAAACAUUAAAAAAAAUUAUUUUUUCCCAUAAAUGCAGCUGUAUUCCUUAUAAGGGAGGGAGAAAGACACCACAGUGUUAGUGUAGUUGUCAGUGACAUGUUGUCCUGUGUCCCAUCGAGCACUGCUGCCCAAAUCAAGCUGACGGCAAAAUCGCCACCAACUCUUCUCAUAUAUUUUUAUAUAAAGGCAGUGUUGUUUUCGUCUUGUUUUUUUCAAUCUGCAGACACUGCAGUGUAAUUUUAAUGCGAUUCUGGGAUAAAUUAUGAGUCCUGCCCUCUCACAUGAAUUGGCAGACAACUUAUCUCAGGAACACAUGUUCACAUGUUCAGUCUUAGUCUUAGUGCUGCUUUUGAACAUCUGUCUCUAUUUCACUUUAAUUUGAAGUUUCAGAAAAUAAAUGUUGUUUUUCCAAUA